GGAAGGCCCGGGGGGCGCUAGACAAGCCACGGCCCGACGCAGGCCCUGCUUUGGGCAGGAGAAACGGUCCCAUAAAGCAGAGCAGGGAGCCGUGGGGGGCAGCCGCACCGUGCUCCCAGCCCCGAGUGCUCUGUGGGGGCCGGGACCCCUCACUCCCAGCCCCACAAGCUCAGAUUCCAGCACUUGCCCGUCUGUGUCUCGCUGCAGCCUCAACCCCGACCCCUUUGAGCGUCACACCUUCUGGACCCUGGCCGUCGGGGGCGUCUUCAUGAUGCUGUCGCUGUACGGCGUGAACCAGGCCCAGGUGCAGCGCUACCUCAGCUCCCGCACCGAGCGGGAGGCCGUGCUCUCCUGCUACGCCGUCUUCCCCUGCCAGCAGGUGGUGUUGUGCCUCAGCUGCCUCACGGGCCUGGUCAUGUUUGCCUAUUACCAGGAGCAUCCGCUCACGGCAGCCCAGAGCCAGGCCUCCUCCGACCAGCUGGUUCUGUACUUCGUCAUGGACGUCCUGAAGGACCUGCCCGGCCUGCCCGGCCUCUUCGUCGCCUGCCUCUUCAGCGGCUCCCUGAGCACAAUUUCCUCGGCCUUCAACUCCCUGGCCACAGUGACCAUGGAGGACCUGAUCCACCCCUACUUCCCCGGCCUGCGGGAGUCCCAUGCCACGCUGCUCUCUAAGCUGCUGGCUCUCAGUUAUGGCCUGCUCUGCCUGGGGAUGGCCUACCUCUCCUCCAUGAUGGGCCCCAUGCUGCAGGCUGCCAUCAGCAUCUUCGGCAUGGUGGGCGGGCCGCUGCUGGGACUCUUCUGCCUAGGGAUGUUCUUCCCGUGUGCCAAUCCCACCGGUGCGAUCGCCGGGCUGGCAGCCGGGCUGGCCAUGGCCUUCUGGAUCGGCAUUGGGAGCCUGGUGUCCAACCUGCGGGCGGCCCCCUCGGCCCCGCCGCUGUCCAACAUCACCGACUUCCCGCAGGCCAGCAACCUGAGCACGGCCCUCGCCACCACCCUGCUGACCUCGACCCCGGCCCCAAAGCGCCUCUCGGGGCUCCAGAAAUUCUACAGCCUGUCGUACAUGUGGUACAGCGCCCACAACUCCACCACUGUCAUCCUGGUGGGCUUGCUGGUCAGCCUGCUCACGGGUCCCACCAAGGGAGCGACCGUCAACCCUCGCACCAUCUACCCCGUGCUGCCCCGGCUGCUCUGCUGCCUGCCCCAGAGGUACCGGGAAUGGCUGAGCUGUGGGGUGGGCUGCUCCGCUGAG